GCCAGUGGGGAGGGGACUUCAGGGACAGGGCCUCCAGGGACAAGACGAGAAGACAGUCCAGGUUGGAGGCGGCCUUGGCCGCGCCAGGUGAACGGCCCGGCGCCCUUGCCGCCAUGCAGGACGGUAACUUCCUGCUGUCCGCCCUGCAGCCCGAGGCCGGUGUGUGCUCCCUGGCGCUGCCCUCGGACCUGCAGCUGGAUCGCCGGGGUGCAGAGGGCCCGGAGGCAGAGCGUCUGCGGGCAGCCCGCGUCCAGGAGCAGGUCCGAGCCCGCCUUCUGCAGCUGGGCCAGCAGCCACGGCACAACGGUGCCGCUGAGCCUGAGGCAGAGGCCGAGGCCGCCAGAGGCACAUCCAGGGGUCAGUACCACACCCUGCAGACUGGCUUCAGCUCACGCUCCCAGGGCCUGAGUGGGGACAAGACCUUGACCUUCCGGCCCAUCGCCAAGCCGUCCUACAGCCCAGCCUCCUGGUCCUCCCGCUCGGCCGUGGACCUGAGCUGCGGUCGGAGGCUGAGCUCUGCCCACAAUGGGGGCAGCGCCUUCGGGGCUGUGGGGUAUGGAGGCACCCAGCCCGCCCCAGCCAUGCCUGCCAGGCCCCUGUCCUUCCACGAGCGCGGGGGCGUGGGGAGCCGCGCUGACUACGACACCCUGUCCCUGCGCUCGCUGAGGCUGGGGGCCGGCGGCCUGGACGACCGCUACAGCGUGGUCUCUGAGCAGCUGGAACCCGCAGCCACCUCGGCCUACAGGGCCUUUGCCUACGAGCGCCAGGCCAGCUCCGGCGCCAGUCGGGCCGGGGGGCUGGACUGGCCAGAGGCCACCGAGGGCCCCCCAAACCGGAUCAUCCGUGCCCCUGCCAUGCGGACCCUGCAGCGGUUCCAGAGCGGCCACCGGAGCCGUGGGGGGCCCGGGGCGGUGCCCGGGGCCGUCCUGGAGCCCGUGGCCCGAGCACCAUCUGUGCGCAGCCUCAGCCUCAGCCUGGCAGACUCGGGCCACCUGCCGGACGUGCGUGGCCUGGACAGCUACUGCGGCCACCGGACCCUGCAAAGGCUCAGCAGUGGUUUUGACGACAUCGACCUCCCCUCCGCAGUCAAGUACCUCAUGGCCUCAGACCCCAACCUGCAGGUGCUGGGAGCAGCCUACAUCCAGCACAAGUGCUACAGCGACGUGGCAGCCAAGAAGCAGGCCCGCAGCCUUCAGGCUGUGCCCAGGCUGGUGAAGCUCUUCAACCACGCCAACCAGGAGGUGCAGCGCCAUGCCACGGGCGCCAUGCGCAACCUCAUCUAUGACAACGCAGACAAUAAGCUGGCCCUGGUAGAGGAGAACGGCAUCUUCGAGCUGCUGCGGACGCUGCGGGAGCAGGACGACGAGCUUCGCAAGAAUGUCACAGGGAUCCUGUGGAACCUCUCGUCUAGCGACCACCUGAAGGACCGCCUGGCCCGUGACACGCUGGAGCAGCUCACGGACCUGGUGCUGAGCCCCCUGUCCGGGGCCGGCGGCCCCCCGCUCAUCCAGCAGAACGCCUCGGAGGCCGAGAUCUUCUACAACGCCACGGGCUUCCUCAGGUGCGCGGGGCGGGGUGGGGGAAG